AUGGAUUAUAGGAUCAUUAUCGUAACUGUGAUAUUCAUUGUGGUGUUGGUGGUUGGUUAUCUGGUCCUCUGCUUCUGCUCUUGUCAUCCAAAGCUCGGAAAUGGGUGGCUCGCUGAACGCGUAGCUGCGGUAGAGCAGAUAGCAAGAAACGCAGAAGCAGAGCGCGAUACCGAGGCGCAAACCCAGCUGCAAAAGAAUAAACCAACUCUACAUUCGGCUGAACCUCAGUCCGCUCAUCAGGCCCAUAACCUGACAGAGAUGAUACCCUUGGCUGCCCAAAGUUCCACAGAAACAAAUGGGACCAAGCCGGCUCAUGUUGGAUUUCUCGUCCAGAUGCCUUCUUCAUCCAAACCGAACGGCACUGACACAACAGAGGAUCGUAUCGAGUUUGGAACGGUCACUGUCCACCAAAACUCCAAGCUACAGACGAGCUGA